AUGAAGAAAAUCGAAGAUAAUAAGAAGAUCAUUACAUUUUUUAAAUUUUUAGUUCACCUAACAUCUAUUGAUAACUAAUUCAUAGUAUGUGGAUCGAAUUCUUUGUACUUAUUAGUUUAAAUGAAAAUUGAUUUAAGGAAUUAAUGUUUGGAAAAUAUAAAGAUUUAGAAUACUUCUUUAAUUGAGGGUAAUUUUGCAAGAAGCAAUUUGAGUGGAUCAGAAUUCAAUAAUGUAGAUAUAAGUGGUAUGAACCUAAAUGGAGCUCUACUUUUCAAUUGCAAAUGGUAAAAUAUUAAAAUACAAGAAUUAAAUAAAUUAGAAGGUCAUAAUAGUUGUGUGAACUCAGUCUGUUUCUCUCCUGAUGGUACUACGCUAGCAUCAAGUAGUGAUGAUAAGUCCAUCCGUAUAUGGGAUGUCAAAACUGGAAAAUAUAAAGCCAAAUUAGGUGGUCAUAGUGGAACAGUACACUCAGUCUGCUUCUCACCUGAUGGUACUACGUUAGCAUCUGGUAGUUAAGAUAAAUCUCUCUUUUUAUGGGAUGUUAAGACGAAAAAAAAAAAGGCAAGACUAUAGGGUCACAGAGGUGAAAUUCUAUCAGUUUGCUUUUCUUCUGAUGGUUUUACAUUGGCAUCAAGUAGUGAUGAUAAGUCUAUUUACUUAUGGGAUAUUAAGACAGGACAAUAAAAAGCCAAAUUUUUCGGUCAUAGUGGAACAGUAUACACUGUCUGCUUCUCACCUGAUGGUACUACGUUAGCAUCUGGUAGUUAAGAUAAGUCUCUCUUUUUAUGGGAUGUUAAGACGAAAAAAAAAAAGGCAAGAUUAUAGGGUCAUAGAGGUGAAAUCCUAUCAGUUUGCUUCUCUCCUGAUGGUUUUACAUUGGCAUCAAGUAGUGAUGAUAAGUCAAUUUUUUUAUGGGAUGUUAAAACAGUAAAAUUUAAAGACAAAUUGGAUAAUCAUAGUCGAGCGGUCUACUCGGUGUGCUUCUCUCCUGAUAGUACUACAUUAGCAUCUGGUAGUUGUGAUGAGUCUAUUCGUUUAUGGAAUGUGAAAACAGGAUAAUAAAGAGCCAAAUUUGAUGCUCAUACUAAUUAUAUUAAAUCAGUCUGUUACUCUCCUGAUGGUAAUAUAUUAGCAUCUGGUAGUUUGGAUGAAUCAAUUCGUUUAUGGGAUGUUAAGACAGAAUAACAAAAAGCCAAAGAUGGUCAUUGUAAUAUAGUCUAAUAAGUAUGCUUCUCUCCUGAUGAAUCUACAUUAGCAUCUGGAAGUUUAGAUAAGUCUAUCCGUUUAUGGAAUGUGAAAACAGGAUAAUAAACAGCCAAAUUAAAUGGUCAUUGUAGUUCUGUGAAUUCAGUAUGUUUCUCUCCUGAUGGUAUCACUUUAGCAUCUGGUAGUAGUGAUAACUCUAUUUCUUUAUGGGAUAUUAAGACAGGAUAAUAAAAAAUUUAAUUGAAUGGCCAUAGUAGAACAGUCUACUCAGUAUGCUUUUCUCCUGAUGGUAAUAUUUUAGCAUCUGGCAGUUGGGACGAGUCUAUCUGUUUAUGGGAUGUUUAGACAGGAUAGUAAACAGCUAAAUUGAAUGCGCAUUGCGGCUAUGUGAAUUCAGUAUGCUUCUCUCCUGAUGGUGCUACUUUAGCAUCCGGAAAUAGUGAUAGCUCUAUCCGUUUAUGGGAUGUUAAGAC